AUGCGCAAAACAUCAAAGAGCAAAUUUUGCACCAAGAUAAAAACUAAGAUGACGAACCAACAAACUUCGUUACCAAUCAUUGAUGUUAGUUCAAUACUAGAUCCCAAUUCACAUCGAGAUAAUCAACAACAGGCAGCUACGGAAAUUCAUCAAGCAUGUCGUAGUUGGGGAUUUUUCUAUGUUAAAAAUCAUGGUGUUCCUUUGAAAUUACAAGAAGAUCUGAUCAAAUUCAGUCGGAAUUUUUUCGCGCGUUCUCUAGAAGAAAAGAUGCAGAUAGAUAUGAACAAAGGUGGCCGAGCAUGGCGCGGCUAUUUUCCAGUGGGUAACGAAUUAACCAGUGGCAAACCCGAUGGGAAAGAAGGUAUUUAUUUCGGAACAGAAAUCAAUGAUGUCAAUCAUCCAAAAGUUCGUAACAACACUCCAUUGCAUGGACAAAAUCAAUUUCCAUCAGGCAAAUCUGACGACGAUGAAUUUCGUCAAGUUAUAUUAACUUAUAUGGCUGCUAUGGAAAGCCUCGGUCGAGCGAUCAUGUCUGCUCUUGCACGUUCAUUAAAACUGGACGCGGAUUUUUUUGAUAAAAACUAUUUUGGCGACGAACCUACAUGUCUCUUUCGUAUAUUCAAUUAUCCAGCUUCAUUUUGUCAGCAGCAAGGCAAUGAAAAUUUGUGGGGUGUCGGUGAACAUACGGAUUACGGAAUGUUAACUCUUCUAUUGCAAGACGAUAUCGGUGGAUUACAAGUAAAGACAAGCCGUAAUGAAUGGAUACAAGCUCCACCUAUUCCGAAUACAUUCGUAUGUAAUAUUGGUGAUAUGCUUGAUCGAAUGACUGGCGGAUAUUACCGAUCAACACUUCAUCGUGUAAGAAAUCUUUCGACCACGCGUGAUCGAUUAUCAUUUCCGUUUUUUCUUGAUCCAAAUUGGGAUGCUGAGGUUUUGCCAAUACCUAUGGAAGGUAUGACAAAUAUCAAGGACGAUGCUGAACAUCGAUGGGAUAAAUCGAGUGUUCAUACAUUUCAUGGAACAUAUGGUGAAUAUCUUUUGAAGAAAGUUAGCCGCGUAUUUCCUGAUCUUGCUCAAGAACAAGCCAUUAGCAAAUAA